AUGUUCAUGAUCAUUCGGGAGACGUCCGCCGCAGGAGGCGGUGCAGCAGUGAUGAGCGCGCCAGCGGAGAGGAGUGCAAAACAGGUGCAGGCCGCCAUCAAGAAGAAGGUGGAGAAGCAGAAGAAGCGAUCCAAUGACCAGGGAGGGGGUGCUGCAGACGUUCAGAUCACCUCACCUCUGCCUCCUCACCUCCAGAGACCAGUGGUGGCAGCAGUGUCUGAGGUGGAGGAGGUGGAGGAGGAAUGUGAGGAGCUGGACAGGACUCUGGAGGAGAUGAUGGAGGGACCACCGAGGAGAGAGAGGGAGAACGAGGAAGGGGAGCCUGUUGACCUGCUGCCCAUAGUGGACUCUGUAUUUGGACAGGACAGAGAGCUGAGACCAGAGGAGAUUGAUGAGCUCCGCGAGGCAUUUGUGGAGUUUGACAGGAACAAAAAAGGCUACAUCAGUCACAAAGACCUCGGGGAGUGUAUGAGGACCAUGGGCUACAUGCCGACUGAGAUGGAGCUCAUCGAACUGAGUCAGCAGAUCUGUGGGGGUAAAGUGGAUUUUGAAGACUUUGUCGAGCUGAUGGGACCCAAGAUGCUGGCAGAGACAGCUGACAUGAUUGGAGUCAAAGAACUACGUGAUGCAUUCAAAGAGUUCGACUCUAAUGGUGAUGGUCAAAUCAGUUUAACUGAGCUGCGUGAGGCAAUGAAGAAGCUGAUGGGAGAGCAAGUGACCAACAGAGAGAUCAAUGAGAUUCUCAGAGACGUUGACCUCAAUGGAGAUGGUCUGGUGGACUUUGAGGAGUUUGUGCGGAUGAUGUCUCGCUGACCAGCAGAGGUCCAGCUGGCCCACGUAUGAGAUGAACACAAUAGACGUUUUGAAACUACUGCUGGAUUAUGGACCAAACUACGUUCUAGUGACCAUUCUUUAUCUGCUUUUUAGAGCAUGUAUCUUAAAUUAUAUUUUUUAUAUAAAAUAAAGAAGAAAAAAGAAUAGAAAAACAGCAUCCAACCUCCGACUGACACGAAUAUCCAUAUAAACUUGAGAUGCAGCAUACAUAGUAUUCAAACAGCUUUAAAACAUAUCAAAAGCUCCAUAUAGACAACAUAUAUGACUGUGUUUUUAGAUGUAUUUUUCUA